AUGAACAAUAAAACGGGAAAAUAUGAAGAGCGAUUGAGAGCUGAAACGAGCAAGAAGAGCGAAAGGAAGAAAGGAGAAGAAAGGCUAUGUGCAGACAAGAGGGCGGAUGCGAACAAUGGGGAGAGUUGGGUCAGGUUGAAGAUGAAGAAAGGAACGAGGACUACUAACAAGGGUUCCAGAUUGACCCAGGGCCAGAAAAACAACUGGUUUCUGAGAGAUGGAUCUCCAAUAGCAAGUCGAAUAAAUAUGCGCGAGGGUGUCACUGUUGGAAUCGCGCAAGCUUCGAGCCCAGACGAGCGAGAGCCGAGAUCGAAAAGGUCGGAGAAAGGUACGACAAGUGCGCUGGGAGCAGAGACGGCAGGACAGGCUGCUGCUUGGCUGCUUCAGCUAAGACUUGCUAGUGUGAUUGGAAGUGUGUGUCUGGGUGCAGUUACCAGUCUCCUGCGCCCGCUAGAGUGCAGGGUUGGCAGCACAGCGAAUGUGAUUGGCUGGCGCGAUGGCAGGUGGCCGAUCCAAGGGGGUUACGUGAGGGAGGGUACGGAAAUUGGGACGGAUUGGUGGGAAGAGCGUAUGGGGUUGGAGGAAGAGGGAGGACGAUGCAGAGAAAAGCGCGACUUGGAGAUGAAGCUGGAGUUUGGAGAUGGCGAGAUGGCAAGAUGGGGAGAGAGAAAUGGAGAAAUGGAGAAAUGGAGAAAUGAGGAGAUGAGGAGAUGAGGAGACGAGGAGAUGUGGAGAUGGAGAGAUGAAGAG